GUUGGGUUAUACGCAAGUGGAAGUGAACAGGAGAGCUGCACGCUGUUGGUGUGUGGGGCUGCGGAACUGUUUCAUCCUCAGUAAGGUAGAAACACCGCUGGACUGAGAGCCCUGGUUCAGUGCGAAGAAAGUUUGAGCUGAUUGACAGUGGGAAGAAAGUACAGUGUGAAUAAAUACGAAUAGGAAAGUUAAAGUACACUAUAUGGUCUGUACAGGAAUGGCCUCACCCAGUAGUCUCCUGUCGGAAGAGCAGUUUCUGUGCUCCAUCUGUCUGGAUAUAUUUAACAAACCAGUCUCUACUUCAUGUGGGCACAAUUUCUGCUUGGCCUGCAUUGAAGCAUACUGGGACAGUAGUGACGUGUAUCAGUGUCCAGUUUGUAAGAAAGCUUUCCUAGCACGGCCGGAUCUCAGUGUGAACAGAAGCUUAAGAGAAAUCUCUGAACAGUUCAAGAAGACAAGAGCCAGCAGUGCUGGGUUCCCCUCCACUAAACUAGGUUGGGUGCCCUGUGAUGUCUGCACUGAGAAGAAGCUCAAGGCUGUGAAAACCUGCCUGGUCUGUCUGGCCUCUUACUGCGAAACUCACAUCCAGUCUCACUAUCAAGGAGCUGCUUUCAGGAGACACAGGCUGAUUGACCCCGUGGAAAAACUUGAGGACAGGCUGUGUGAGAAACACGAGAAACUUCUGGAGCUGUUCUGCAGGACAGACCAGACCUGUGUUUGUCAGUUCUGCACUGAGACAGACCACCAGGCGCACAGCACUGUGGCUUUAGAGGAAGAAUACAGAGAGAAACAGACUCAGCUGCGGAAGACUGAGGCAGAAGUACAACAGAUGAUCCAGGACAGACUGAAGAAGGUGGAGGAGAUCAAACAGGCAGUGGAGCUCAGCAAAAGCUGUGCACAGAGAGAGAUCGAGGACAGUGUGCAGGUCUUCACUGCUCUCCAGCGCCACAUUGAGAGAAGCCAGGCUGAGCUCAUUGAACUGAUUGAGGAGAAGCAGAGAGCAGCAGAGAGGAAGGCAGAAGGACUCAUCAAAGAGCUGGAGCAGGAAAUCAACUUGUUAUUGUGGAGAAACAUUGAGCUGGAAAAGCUCUCCCACACCGAGGACCACCUCCACUUUCUACAGAGAUUUCCAUCCCAGAGCUUCCCUCUGCAGACUAAGGACUGGGCUAACAUCGCUGUUCAGCCUGACCUUGGUUUGGGGGCUAUAAGAAGAGUUGUGUCCCAACUAGAGGAGAGACUCAGAGAAGAAAUGGAGAAAGUGCCCGAAAUCAAAUUCCACAAGGCGCGCAAGUAUGCAGUUGAUGUGACUCUGAACCCCAAUACAGCUGCUCGUUGGCUCAUCGUGUCUGAGGACGGGAAACAAGUGAGAUACGGAGGCACAGAGCUGGAUCUCCCUGACAAUCCUGAGAGGUUUGAUCAUUGUCACUGUGUGGUGGGAAAGGGUGGUUUCACCUCAGGGAGACACUACUGGGAGGUGGAGGUGGGGAGGAAGACUGACUGGGAUUUAGGAGUUAUUGGAGAGUCCGUCAACAGGAAGGGGCAGAUUACGUAUAAACUUCAAAAUAAUUGCUGGGUUUUGUGUCUGAGGAAUGGGGAUAAAUACUGGGCUAAUGGUGUCAUAUUCCCUCUGAAUUUAAAGCCCCUGAAGGUGGGGGUGUAUGUGGAUUAUGAAGAGGGCCAGGUCUCCUUCUACAAUGUGGAGGCCAGGUCUCAUAUCUACACUUUCACUGACACCUUCACUGAGAAACUCUACCCGUUCUUCAGCCCCAACAAACAUCAUGGAGGCAAAAAUGCAGCCCCACUGAUCAUCUCUCCUGUCAACUACACAGACUGAAUGGAAGGAGGAAUAAGAAUUACUAAUACAAUAAGAGAAGUAGUGAUGAUAUUAAUAGUUUUUAUUAGCUUUCUCUUAUGUUACAUGACAAUCUGAAAUGUGUGGAAUGUGAAAAGGAAGCAACAUUCACAAAUUUGAGAUAAUAGCAUCCUCCUUUGACAAGUCACCACUAAUAGAGAGAUUUGUUUUAAUUUAUUUAAUAUAUAUAUAUAAAAUGGUAUGAUUUAUUUUUGAAGGAAAUAAAACAUAUCUAUCUGCCAUCAAAGCAGGGAAUUAAUAUUUUACAGUCUGUGUUCUUAUACUGUACAUAUUGUUCCUUAUUGAGCGAUUUCCUAGACAGUCACAGACAGAAUGUAAUUAUAGUGUUUCAGUGAGUCAAUAUUCCUCUUCCUACUCACCCAUGUUUUUCUCAUCCAUGGUUUCGUAUAUUGGUGGUGUCAGGCCAAGUCUGGUGUAUGACCGUCUCUAAAGCUCAGCUCUAUUCCCUGCAUGAAUUACCCAGUUUAAGUUGGGAUUUGUGACAUUUAAUCUGUCUUCAGAUUCAUGACGUUCUGAAGAUUGCUAAUAAGUGUAAAGCUACAUGGUGCAUGUUUAUUUUUAUAGUAUUCUUUUCUAUAAUGAUAUAAUGGAAAUGUGUGCAGUAAUUUCUUAAUGUUCUGUCAUGUACUCAUAUUAUUUGUCAUAUUUCUGUUCAUUUGCAUGGUGUAUUAGGAAUACCCACAGUAUACUGUAUAUAUGGCAUAGGAGUGCUUUAUCCCUAUAGAUGCAUUUUGUUCAGACAGCUCAGAAAUGUAUCCCCCACGAUAAAGGAGGACUGGAUGUACAGUUGUCAUGGGUCAGUAAAAUGUUUAUUGCUUGUGCAGCUGGAUUUUAGGGGUCUUGAUGGAAACUCCUAGUUAGAUCCUAUCCUGGCCCAUUUACCAGGAACUGUGCACUGCUGCUAUGGUGCCAGCGGUGGGAUGUUGGAGGCUGGGGGCUCCAUUAUACCUAUUUAUAGUUUAGGGGAUCUUGGGCAGAAGCAUGGAGGGUACCAGUGGUGCGGGAUGGGGUUUUUGUGUUGGGUGAAGGAACUGUUAUAUCUUCUCCACAAUUUCUGUAGCGGUUAACCAAAAACAUCUACAGUAUGCUUGGUCCUGAGUUUCAUAUGUCCUUGUUACAUAUAGAACGGUUUAUGUAAUGUUUGCAUUGUAUUUUACUAGCAAGCAAACCAACUUAACUUCAAAGCAAGACAUUACUGUUAUGUAUUCCACCAACAUAAUGCAAACUGUGUUUGUCGGAGACAUGAGAAAUUAUAAACCCUUUGUAAAGAA